AGAGACGUGAGACUGAGACUCGUCCUCAACAAUGAAAGCCAACUCCAACCCAAAGUAAAGCAAACCAAAAGACGAAACACUUCUCUCUCUCUGAUUCUUUUUCAUUUCUUCAUCUCUCUUCUUUUACCUAUAUAUCAGAAGCAAAGAGAAGCCCAAUGAAGAAACAAGAAAAUGAGGAAGAAGGAGGCUGAUUUGGGUUGUUGAGCUUAUCGUUUAUUUCUUUCCUCAUCUUCUCCACCUCUUUCUCAUCUUUCAAUUCACCAUGGCCGUUCAAGCUCAAUACGCUUCGAAUGUCUUCCUUUUAAACAGGUUUGUGGUCUUUUUGUUUCUUUUUGCCUUUGCUUCCGUUUUCAUCUUGAUUUCCAUCUAUUUAUGUAUUGUUCUGGUUGGCAUGUAUUUUUUCAGAAGUGGGCAAGAUGAGUUUUCAUUGCAGCAGCAAGGACGAGUUUGUAUUGAUCAAUCCCAUAUGUUGUUCAACAAUGGAAGCAAUAACAGUCCAAGGAAAAGAGGAAGAGAAGUGGAAGCGGCGGUGAUCAAUUCGUUUUCUUUGCAAACGCAACCGCCUCAAUUGAUAGACAUUUCUCAACUCCAAAGACCCAAUGGAGUCUCCACUGGAAUCCGCUUAUCUUUUGGCGAUCAACAGCAACAUUUACAGCAAAAUCAAAGUCAUGAAUACCAACAUCAAAAUCUUGUUCCAAACUCCUCUGCUUUUUGGUCUAUAAUAUCUAAUGAUUUGGGUACCCAAAUCAAACGCCAGAGAGAAGAAUUGGAUCAAUACCUUCAAGCUCAGGGGGAUGCAUUGCGGCGUACGCUACUGGAGAAAAGGCAUAGGCACUACCAAGCACUACUGAGGGCAGCGGAGGAAUCGGUAGUGAGGAGGUUGAGGGAUAAAGAAGAGGAAGUGGAGAAAGCAAAGCGCCGGAACGCAGAGUUGGAGGCGCGCGUGGCGCAACUUAACGUGGAAGCGCAGGUUUGGCAGGCGAAAGCCAGGGCGCAGGAGGCGACGGCGGCUUCGUUACAAGAACAGCUCCAACAGGCUAUUAUGAGCGGAGGGGAUGCGGCGGUGCAGGAUUGCAGGAGAGCGGAGGAGUGCGGUGAGGGAGCAGAGGACGCCGAAUCUGCUUACGUGGACCCAGAGCGGGUGGUGGUGGCUUCGGGACCGAGUUGCAAGGCGUGUCGGACACGUUUGGCGGCGGUGGUUAUGCUGCCGUGUCGGCAUCUUUGCUUGUGUACAGAGUGUGAUCGCGUGGCGCAAGCCUGCCCGAUUUGCCUCAUUCUCAGGAAUUCUACCGUCGAGGUCAUUGUGGAUAGGUUUUGAAACCAUGACAUGGAAAAAUGGUCCGCCUUACCUCUACCAUUAG